UCUGUCCCGGCGCUAUAAAUGUGCUGCGGGUUGUCGGUUCUGUCAGUGAGCUGCAGUUGGGGUUGAGAGCUGAAUGAGCUGCAGUUGGGGUUGAGAGCUGAAUGAGCUGCAGUUGGGGUUGAGAGCUGAAUGAGAGCUGAAUGAGCUGCAGUUGGGGAUGUGAUCGGAACCCGGAGCAACUUUGACGCGCUCGCAGCCCUUCUGGAUUUCGAGCCUGACUCACUCUUCAUCUGUAGUUUUUCACAUUUUAGUUCUUUAUUUUUUGCGCAGCUGCUGAUUAUUACUGACAUCAUCAACAACAACAUCAACAACAACAUCAACAACAACAUCAACAACAACUCAGAAACAUCUGUCAUCGGUCUGAGAAGAAUCGGCUCCGACCCUGAUCCGCGCGCGCUGCUUCCGUGUGGAGAUAGUUUCGGGUGUGUGUGUGUGUGUGUUGUGGGCCAGUGUGUGUGUGUGUGUGUGUGUGUGUUGUGGGCCAGUGUGUGUGUGUGUGUGUGUGUGACGGCUCCGUGAUGAGCGCGCGCCCAGCAGGCUCGGUGUCCGCGCGCCCCCGGUGCGGUUCCGGCUGCACGCGCCUGCUGCUGCUGCUGGUGUGUUCGGUGGGCGGGGUCACGGGGACCUGGGGGCCCGGACUGUACAGCUACCGAACCGGGACCUCGCUCCACAAAGACCCGAGCAAAAGGAACUGGUGUCCUCAGACCGUGACUAAAACGGUGACGUGUCAGGUGCAGAAUGGGACGACUUUACAGCGGGUUUAUCAGACGUGCAGGUGGCCACAGGGUUGCUCUAGUGGCAGUUACCGUACAGUGGUCCGACCCUCCUUUAAAGUGGUGUAUCGCACUGUCACAGCUCUGGAGUGGAAGUGCUGCCCCGGGUUCAGUGGAGUGCACUGUGAGGAAGGUUCUCCAAGCAGAAAUCUGGUGGCUCAAGAGGCCGUGAGAAAACAGGCAACAUUCCGCAAGCCUACAUUACCCAAACCCACAGAGCAGCUCUCCAGUUGUCUGAACUGCAGUCGUGUCACGGCCCUCACCGAUCGGCUCAGCUCUCUGGAAGAAAAGGUGCAGCUCCUUUCUGCCCACAGCCCCGCCCCAUCUAAAGGUGGAGGAAACCCAGAGUCCUCUUCCUCUUCCAUCUCACUCAUGGGGGCUUCACCUGCUAGAGGAGCUCCAGGAGCACAGGGUCCUGCAGGUCCACAAGGUGAACAAGGCAGGGAUGGGAUACCAGGCAAAGACGGGAAACCGGGUUCUCAGGGUUUGCCUGGGCCGAAGGGGGAGGCUGGAGUGAGGGGACCUUCAGGUGCUCCAGGCUCUCGUGGGACACCAGGACCAGCAGGUCCUCGGGGACCACCAGGGCUUCCAGGAGAGAGGGGUUUACCUGGGCUUCCAGGACCACCAGGACCUCCUGGACCUCCAGCUUCUGGCUCUGACGACAGUGAGAAGAAAAACCUGCUGUUGUCCAAUAGUUUCCCUGAUCCUCGACUGGUUCCUGCACAGGGACCUCAGGGACCUCCAGGACCCAUAGGACCCCCAGGAGCCCAAGGCCCAGUCGGACCCCCAGGCCCCAUCGGACAAAGCGGAAAGCCAGGUUCCCCUGGUGUACUGGGACCCACAGGACCAAAGGGAGAGCGAGGAGAGAGAGGACCUCUGGGAUAUCCAGGACAGAGGGGCUUCAAAGGGGAGCCAGGCGAGCCAGGACCGAAGGGCGAGCCGGGGGAGAAAGGCCUUCCGGGCGACGGCAUACACCAAAUCCGUGAGGCCCUGAAGAUCUUAGCCGAGAGGGUUUUAAUCCUCGAGACUAUGAUCGGUAUCCACGAGCCUGAUGGAGGAUCCGGAGACGGCCCAUACAGCACCCCGUCUACGGACUUCUUCCGGAGCAAGCGGGCCAGCAUCCUGCCCCUCUGGGUCAAACCGCCGUCCAUCUUUACUGAGUCUAAAAUCCAAGAGAAGUCCUAAAGAGCCAAACUCUCACUCAUUCCAGCUUGGACUGGCAAACCCUCGCACGUCCCUAUAACACGUACCAUCCUACAGGUCCACUCACUCACUCUGGAACAUACCAUUGAAUAAGGAAGGGGGGGGGGGGAAACACCUCAGGGAAAGAACCAAGUGGUGCUGCAGAAGUUUACCAUCUCAACUGGAAGUCAGUCUUUAACUUCAGUCUCCUUUUUGCUUGCAUGAAACAAAGAAAAGGAAAGAAACUAAAAAAGAGAAAUAUUCUAAUGGUGCUUGAAUUAUGAUUAUACGAUGUGGGACAAUAAAGGGACGAGACAAGCUGGUACACAUGACGGAGACGAACAUCAGGUUAUUAUUCGCCGAAGUCGCUAUAUAUAUAUUUUAAUAGAGCCCUUAGGGAAGCUAGGAAAUGUAUCGUAUGUAGGAAAACAUGUAUUCGCUAUUCAUUUUUCAAACAUUUAAGCAAUAAAUUAGUUAGCCUCCCUAGCAUUAAGUGCACUAUUUUAGAUUUUUUGUCUUUUUUUAUUAUUGUAGAGAAGCAAGAAUGAAAUAGAAUCCCAUGCAAAGGCUUUAAGUUAAACAUAACUUACCUGACGCUUGACAUUUUGACUUUGUGUAAUCUGUAUCUAUUUAUUUGCAAGGUUUUUUUUAUUAUUUGGAAUUUAUUACUAAAAUAUCAUGUAGAGUUCCUCACCAUGCUUAGAGUUUUGAGUUUCCACCACAAUUAACGCCAAGUUCGUGAGACACCAUUUCAGCCCAGGUUUUAUUUUACUUUGUUAGAAUUUUAACAAUGAGCUCAAACACAAGCCCCGCCCUCCAACCAUGACAUCAUAGUAAUUAAGGAUCUAAAUAAGUAGUGAUUGGAAACAGUUUGUGUGGGGUUUUUUUCUUGAUUUUUUUUCAGCCUGAAGAUAUAUAUUUAGGGUGGAGGAGAAAAAAAAGUCAUCAUGUAGAAACCCAGAAUUUUGCAGGAAAGUCCUGAAUCUUGGCUGUUACCCGUUUCUGGCAUUAAUUUUCUUCACGACCAUAAAACAGCUUUCAAUUUCCCAGUUAUUCGACUGUAAAAGUAGAAAUUUUAUAAGUUUGUGCUUGGACCCCAUUGAUUGCUGCUCAUAGGAUUGAUAUACACACACUCACCGGCCACUUUAAUAGGAAAUUGUUGUUGUUGGUUCUAAGAUCCCUGUUCUUGGCUGCAGGAGUGGAACCCAAUGUGUUCUUCUGUUUUCUGUUGCAUGCUGAGAUGCUUUUCUGCUCACCACGGUUGUAAAGAGUGAUUAUAUGAGUUAUCCUAUAUCCUAUAUCCUAUACUAUAUCCUUCCUGGCUAAAAAGCUCAAACCAAUCUGUCCAUUUCCCUCUGACCCUCUCUUAUCAACAAGGCGUUUGUUUCCACCCACAGAACUGUCGCUCACUCACUUGAUGCUUGUUUUUUGUUUUCUGCACCGUUCUGUGUAAACUCUAGAGACUGUUGUGUGUGAAAACCCCAGGAGGAGAUCAGCAGCUUCUGAAAUACUCAAACCAGUCCAUCUGGAUCAAACCAACAAUUUUUCCCAUUCUGAUGUUUGAACAUUGUGAACAUUAACUGAAGCUCUUGAUUUGUAUCUGUGGGAUUUGAUGCAUCGUGCUGCUGGCGAGGGAUCGGCUGAUUACAGAACUGCAGAAAACAGCAGGCGGAUGUAGGAGUGUUCCUAAUAAAAUGGCCAGUGAGUGUAUAUAUCAUAAAAUUAUAAAACUCCCUUUAAAGCAUACAUACAACAUCAAGAACAAAAAAAAACCCUAUAUAAUAUUUUUCUGAAAUGAAUUUUGCUAAAAUUGCUGACACUUCUGUGUUUAUCUGGGGCAGAAUAUUUCGGGGGGGGGGGGUCUGCAGUGAAAAUAAAUCUGGGCUAAAAUCGUGUCUCGUUCACUUGCCGUACAUCACAGACAUCUUGAUAGGAAAAUGUCUCUUGGUGCAAUGUGGAUUAAACAAAUGCAUUUACGUGUUCUUCAGUUGUCAAAGUUACUUCGAGGGCAUUCUUCUCUUAUUUUUUUUCAAAAAAUACAAAAUCAUGAUGAUCAUGACCUACACACUCUUCAGAGAACCCUUAAAGGUUCUUUGUCUGUCCUUCAGGGGAACCUUUCAAAGUUCUGCAAACCUAAGGACCUUUGAUUAAUCACUGAACCCCUAAAGAACCUCUGAAGAACCUUUUUUCUUCUCUCGAGUCGACAAACACACACAUGGACAGUUCCUUCAGCUGCUUCACUGAAGAUCAGUUGAGGAGAACUGCAGAAAUUAACUCGCGUGCAACUUGAAUCUUUUUUCUCUUUUUAAAUCGUUCUCCUGUUCAAAUGCUCAGCUGACUUCCUUCUCACAGACUCGUCUUGUCUUGUCUUUUUAAAAAUCUUGAUCUAAAUGUUAAUUAUUUAAAACAAAACAAUUAUUUGUUCGUGUUUGUGUUUUGUAUGACGAGUCACAUGACGUCAUGUUGGAUUUUCUUUUCUCCCCUCAGUAUUUUAUGCUUCUGAAAACGUUUUGCUCGGAUUUCGUCUUGUGUUUGGAAUCGUGUUAAAACAAUAAAGUGUUUGGUGUUCCUUCCUUCCUUCAUUUCCUUUAAAACGUCAUCUUUUGUGCGUAUGACGGCUGUAUGUGUAAUGGAUAACAAUUUAAACACAAUCUGAUAU